AUGGCGCGCAGUUCAUCUCCGCUGCCGCCGCUUUCACAAUUGGGCAUUGUGCCGCGAACGCCUUCUCUCAGACAGGGACGACCACAGGACGACAUGGACGAGCUUGCAGGAGACACAAUACCGUGCUCGCCAUCAGUCUUCCUGAAGGAUGGCGAUACCACCCAACCGACACAGGUGCUUAGUCGGCCUGGACUCGCGAUGGUCAGAUCUUCGUCCCCAGCAGCGAGCGUGAUCGAAGUCCCCGCCUCGUCACCGUUCCAGCCGAAACUGCAGCAGACGCGAUUGGGCUCCCGCCUGGCACCGGCCGGUACGGUCUUUCGCCCACCUCCCCAGACGCAAGCCGCUCCCGCGAGGAGACCGACUCCGGAACCGAUCAGUCUCAUUUCCGACGAUGAAGACGACAUUACCCCUCCGCGAGGAAAUAUCCGUCCGACUACGUUUAAAACCCAGAUAGCCGCUUUUGCAUACAAGCCGAUCGACGACCAAGAGAUGACGAGGAAGCUGCGGCAGAUAUUCGAUGUGUUUGGCGACAGAUUCCCGUCGCACAAAGUUAGAGAAGCCCUGAGGAGUUGUGGAAACGACCUGGACGAUGCGAUCGCGUGGCUAGAACGCAAUGUGCCGCGCUCGGCUCAAACCCGAAUUUCGCAAUCCGCCCCAAAACCCGCAAACGCAAAAACUGCAAAACCGACAAAGUCUACAAAGCCAACACCGUCUGGCACGCGGCGCCUAGUAUCCAAGGGGCAAAUGCUUUCUCUGUCCAAGCCCCCGUCGCGCUCCCCCUCGCCUUCUGUCGCUUCAGUCGCCUCACUCCCGUCAAGCCCUCCCAGGCCACAGCCUCCGCCACCGAGACGCCGGCUCGUGAAUGGCCUCAAGAGACGAGCAUCAACGACACCAGAACCUGAGCCAGAAAUAGAAGAAGUACCGGCACUGGCCUCGAGCGACGAUCCGCUGGUUAUAGACCUGGUGGACGACGGGAGAGAGGAUACAUAUCAAGCAGAAGAAUCGCCGGAGGCAUCAGGGGAAAUCGAUGACAAGGUACUUGUCUGUAUCAAUGAAAGUACCUCUCAGGAGUUAGCUGCCAUAACGGGCAUGAAAGAAGACUUACUCAAACCAAUCAUCGCCAAACGGCCCUUCUACGACCUAAUGCAGGCCAGAAGAGUCAAUGUCAACAAGAAGCCAGGUGCCCGUAAAUCUGCCCGAAUCAGCAUCGGAGAGACAGUUGUGGAUGCCAUCCAGGUAUUCAUGGACGCAGUGACCGCCAUUGAUCAGGUCGUGACGAAAUGUGAGGCCAAGGGCCAAGCAAUCAAAGGCGUGUUUGAGACGUGGGACAUCAACAUGUUUGGUCGGAAUAAACGCAGCGCACGAUCGACUCCCUCUGAAGAUGAUGCCCCGCCGACUCCGACAAGCUUGAGUACUACCAAACUUUCAAAACCGCCAAUCCCUAGUCAGCCACAGAUGAUGGACGGCCACUGCGUCAUGAAACCCUUCCAGCUUUACGGCUUAAACUGGAUGUCGGUCCUCUACAACUACGACAUCGGCUGUAUUCUAGCUGAUGAGAUGGGUCUCGGCAAGACCUGCCAGGUCAUCUCAUUCAUGUGCUACCUUGUUGAGGAGUACGAAAACAGUCCCAAGGGAAGACGGCCGUGGCCAAACCUGAUUGUGGUGCCUCCCAGUACAUACAACAACUGGCUCGGCGAAUUCAAGAAAUUCGCACCUGAACUCUCCGUAAUAGGGUAUCGAGGGUCUCAAACGGAACGCAUGGAGAUUGCCUACGCGGUUGAGCAAGAACCCGAAGCCUAUCAUGUUGUCCUAGCGACGUACUCACAGAUUAAUUCGGAAGAGGAUAUUGGGGCUAUGCAGUCAUUCGACCUGAACGCUGCCAUAUUUGAUGAGGGACACAAGAUGAAGAACCCAGAAACGAAAAUUUACAAGGAUCUUCGUAGAAUCCCAUCUGCUUGGAAGAUGCUUCUUACGGGUACCCCAGUUCAGAAUAACCUGCUGGAGAUGACUUCGCUUCUAAAUUUCAUCAACCCCAGACUCUUCGAUGGUUAUAUGAACCAAAUUCGGUAUAUUUUCAGCCAAAAGGUGACGAUUCGUGAUGUUACCAAUGGCGCUUUCCUGUAUAGUGAACGGGUCAAACGCGCAAGGACAAUCCUCGAGCCUUUUAUCCUUCAGCGUCGCAAAGACCAGGUAUUAUCUGACAUGCCUCGCAAGAUCUGCAACGUCAUUCAUUGCGACAUGCCCGAAGCACAAAAGGACGUCUACGAUGAGUACGAAGAAUUGUUCAAAAUGGAACCAUCUCAACGUACCUCACGGGAAUCACGCGGUCGACAAAACGAUCAGAAUAACGUCUGGAUACAGCUGCGGAAAGCGGCCUUGCAUCCUCUGCUCUUCCGCCGCCAUUUUACAGACAAAAAGGUUACGGAGAUGGCCAAGAUAUUAAUGGAUCGGCUCGAUCAGUCUGAACUUCAUCAACCUGAUAUCAAACAUCUUAUUCAAGAGCUGAAAAAUUCGUCUGACUUUGAACUUCAUCUUUGGUGUCGCGACUAUCCUGGCUUACUGAAGCAAUUCGAUAUUGCACCUACAACAGAACUUGAAAGCGGCAAGAUCAGAAAACUUAUGGAGUUGAUUGAGAAAUAUCAGAAGAAUGGCGAUCGCGUCCUCGUCUUUAGCAAGUUUUCACGGAUUAUUGAGCUCUUGCAAGAAGUGCUUGCGCGUCAAGACAUUGACCACCGCGUGCUGAUGGGCAACACCAAUGUGUCAGACCGACAGACGCUGAUUGAUGAAUUCAACCAAGACCCUAGCAUCCCUGUCUUUUUACUGACCACUGGCGCGGGUGGUACUGGCAUCAACCUAACGUCAGCCAACAAGGUUAUAAUCUUUGACCAGUCGGAUAAUCCUCAAGACGACAUCCAGGCAGAGAACCGUGCACACCGUCUUGGACAGAAACGAGACGUGGAGGUGAUUCGGCUCAUCUCAACACAUACCAUCGAGGAGCUUAUUUACAAGGCCUGCCAAAAGAAAAUUGAACUGGCAAACAAGGUUACCGGCGUGAUCGAAGAAUCCGCUGCGGACGCGAGCAAGAAUCUCGAGCAAGAAGUGCGCAAGAUGAUGGAAGAGCAAAUGACACCCCCGUAGGACGGACAACGCAGCCCAUUCUAGCCACUGCUGAGCAUCCAAGUUUGGUCUUGUCCCUUUUUUUGAGAAGAGACAACUUAGAGGGGGUGUUUCGGAAAGAUAACAAAAUGGUCGGCAGCAUGAUUGUUGCAAUGGCGUUAACGUCUUUGAGCUUGUUUUGGUACUUUAUUUUAACCUUUUUUUUUUUCUUUUCAUCGGAUGUUGGUCCAUCAAUUGAUGGUCUAAUUAUUGAGCAUACAUGCAUGAUGGAAUCACGAUAUGGACAUGGGCCAAAGGGAUUCGUUGGUGCAUAUUCAAAGUGGGUUAGCACCAGACUACCCAUGCCUUUUCUUUUCUUUUAAUGAGUAGUAUUAUUUCUUGGCCCUAUUGGGUUGGAAGCAGGUGAACACAGGAGUGAACAUAAAUGGCCAAAUCUCAGCAUUGUGGAGUGGCAUGGUAGAAAGUACACAUAUAGAGCGAGAUGAUGAUUUAAUAUGAGC